AUGAUGUCGGACGUACUCACGCGCCUAUCUACAGUACCAUCUCGCCUUCAUGGCGCAACCGAUGUGGCAGACGAACUAUAUGACCGCCAACUCCGAGAACUGGUCGCAUACCUUAAGCAGCCUGGCCUGAUUGCUAGCACGACCGACCCAAAUGAGUUUUUACAAGUUCUCAGCCCAUCAACACACAGUUUAUCCUUCCUUUACCUCCUGCGGUUUCAUAUACAACAGGCCCAGAAAAGAACAAAGCGCGACAUACCCGAUGUACUUCAGCCCGGAGGAAAUCUGUGGAAAUGGGCUGUUAGAUUCCUGCGGUCGUUUGAUCCAAUCCAAAUCCGCUACUCGCUUCACGAGUGGCGGCAGCUUGUUGAAAUCGUGGCCAGUGCAGCUUUGACUUCUUCGAAGACUCUCCUAGCUCUAAAAGUGACCAGGGAUGCUCUAGAGCGACUUGGCCUUUGUGGGAUAUUUACCUCAACACACCUCCUCCUGGUCAGGCUCGCGUUGCUUUCAUCAUCCUACACCUAUGCACUCCCCAUCACCAACCAACUUGUCUACCACUUCCCUACAGAUGCAGACCAUGUGCACCAUGCGUAUCUCUCAUGUUCGGAGCAUACACCCACUACGACGCUUGUGACCACUGCGUCUGGUAUCUCAUCUAAAUUGUCACAUCGAGAUCACCUUCAAUACUUCCUCUACAGUGCGAUGAUCUACAUGGCCCUCAAAAAGUGGGACGAAGCUUGUCACUGUUUGAAUGCGGUCAUAGCCUCGCCGACUGCCAACGCGGUCAGCAAAAUAAUGGUGGAGGCAUACAAAAAGUGGAUUUUGGCAAACCUGCUUGGAUACGGAAAGAUACCUCCUACUUCCAAGAUGAUUGCUCCCCAUGUUAUCAGGGUUUACCAAUCAUUGGCACGUCCCUACAUCUCGCUGGCUGAGGCAUUCGAAAAGGGCGAUUUGCAGAAGAUGAUCACUGAGAUAGAUAUAGGACAAACCAUCUGGCAAGCUGACAAAAAUACUGGACUCGUAUCUCAGCUUUUCGAAGCAUAUGACAAAUUCGUGAUUGUCAAGUUGGGGAAAACAUUCUCUGCCCUCACAAUGCCUGAUGUACUACAAAGAACGUCAUCGACCGCGCAAAGUCCACAAGAGAUUGAGGAAUUUGUCGCGUCACUCGUGAUGUCCGGGGCAUUGAGGGCUAGUCUGUCGCAUGCUCCCCAGGAAAAUGGCGCUACAAUGCUGCGGCUUUCCCUGAGCUCACGAAGUGAUGCUUGCCAGGAAGAGCAUAUUCGUGCGGAACUGAUAAGGGCAAAGACCGCUUUAAACGCCAUCGCGCAAGGGGUAACGCAAACAGAUCGGACGCUAGAACUUUCCCGGGAGAACUUGCAGUUUCUAGCUAAGAGUCAGAAGUGGAGUGGUAACUCGGACAAGGUUAGCUCUUCUGGCGAAGCAGGAGGCGGCGGUGACAUUGACGAAGAUCUCAUGGGAGAUGGCCAUUGA